GACAACCAAGAAAACAGACAUUUUACCUUUUUGAAAGCCCUACACACUAACCCCCCCACAUCUGGUUUGCUCUUUAAGAAACUAACCAUUUUUUUCAUCCCCUUUCAGCUUUCUUCUUCAAGAGUGUUCUCCAUUAAAUUUUCUAUUAGAUAUGUAAUUAACAACCCAUGCUUCAAUUCUAGGCUUCAAUUUAAGUUUCCCGGAUGGAAGUUCAGUCCCCAGCGAUGAAGCGCCACUACGAUCUCAGCAUGUCGAGAAGAACGCGGAAGCUUAACUUACCAGUGGUGGUGCAAUUCAACAAUGAUGAUGAUGAUGAUGAGAAAUUCAAGCCUGUAGUGUCACCGAAGAAGAGUGAUAAUAACAAUAACAGUGAACACAAAAGCUUGAAGCAGCUGAUCAACAUAGUUGAAGAGAAAAACUCAUCAAGAAACAAGUGCAAUGGCGAAGGAGGAAGCAAUAAUAACAAAGGAAGGAACUCGCUAGGAGAGCACUUCAACGAGGAAGAGAAGCAGCUUCAGCUUGUUGUGGUGCCACAGAAGGAGAAUAACAACAAUCUCAGUGGCCUCAAGUUCAACAAGUUGGUACGUCGCUAUGCCAAAGUUUUAGGACAUUUCAUGAAGAAACCUGAAUCUGGAAAGAAACCUGUUUUCAAGUUAUCAACCUAGAACGGAUUAUAAAUAUAUAAAUAUUUCAAUUAUGUAUGUGCACAUCAUCAUAUAUACUUGGGCAGCAAAAUGCCUUCAAUUUUUUUUCUCUGUGCUUAUUCUUAUUAUCAGUUAUAUUUCUUGCACUCAUAUAUAUUGGGAUUAUAUAUACACAGAGACACUAGUACUAUUCAAAUAUGUCAUUAACAUAUUAGU